GGACAUAUUUAAACGAGGGCGUUAAAAAGGUAUAUUUAAUAGCCGUUUUGGUAGGGAUAAAGGAUAAGUUGAAAAUUUCACCAUAGAAUGAGCUCAGAGUUUUUGGCUGGAUUCACCUGCUCCACCACGCCGUCGGCAACCUUCCUAUGGCCGCAAAUAUCAAAAUCCUUCCGAUUGUGGGUCCCCUCUUCCCAUCUUCUUCUUCACUUGAUCUUCACUUUGCCAUUUUUCUCAAUUCUCAUUCUCUCUCUCUCAUCCCCAUGGAGUUUCUCUUCUUCUUCUUCCUCCUCCUCCUCCUCUCUGUUUUCUCUCAUUCCUCCUCCUCCGCCGCCGAUCUCUCUGCCGACUACUACCGGAAUUCCUGCCCUGCAUUUUCUCAAAUCAUCCGCGACACUGUCACCAACAAGCAAAUCACCACCCCCACCACCGCCGCCGCCACUCUCCGCCUCUUCUUCCACGACUGUCUCCCCAACGGCUGCGAUGCCUCCAUCCUCAUCUCCUCCACCCCCUUCAACGUCGCUGAGCGCAAUGCCGACAUCAACCUCUCCCUCCCCGGUGACGCCUUCGACCUUAUCGUCCGGGCUAAAACCGCCCUCGAACUCUCCUGCCCCAACACCGUCUCCUGCGCUGACAUCCUCGCCGCCGCUACUCGCGACCUCCUCACCAUGGUUGGCGGCCCUUACUACACUGUCUUCCUCGGCCGCAAAGACGCCAAAGUUUCCAAAGCCUCCGCUAUUGAAGGUACGCUCCCUAGACCUACAAUGUCGGUCUCUGAGAUCAUCAGAAUUUUCGCCUCCAGAGGAUUUUCCGUUCAGGAAAUGGUGGCGUUAAACGGCGCUCAUUCAAUUGGCUUCUCGCAUUGCAAGGAGUUUACAUCUGGGAUCUUCAAUUACAGUAAAUCCCCACCUUACGAUAGCCAUUACAACCCUCGAUUCGCAUUGGGGUUACAGAGAGCUUGCGCCGAUUACCAGAAGAAUCCAACUCUGUCGGUUUUUAACGAUAUAAUGACGCCCAACAAAUUCGACAAUAUGUAUUUCAAGAAUCUGCAAAAGGGGUUAGGACUUUUGAAGUCCGAUGGUGGAUUUUAUAGCGAUCCAAGAACGAGGCCGUGGGUGGAGAAAUACGCUGCAGAUGAGAGCGUGUUCUUCACUGCGUUUGCUCAAGCGAUGGUGAAGCUGGGUGGCUAUGGCGUCAAAGUGGGGAAUGAAGGAGAAAUCAGACGCAGGUGCGAUGCUUUUAAUUGAUCAGAAUUCGUAUUU